CGCGAUUACUGCUGUUUCCACCUAGAACACGAUGUCGGCUCUGAUCGGUUUUAACCAUCGUGCAACUGCAACUAACGCAGAUUCUGCCUGUGCAUCGUCUCGACAAAUUUCUUGGUUCGGUAUAAUCGGAGCUCAGCAGUAAUGCAUUGCCUGCGAGUGAUGUCGGAACAGAUUUCGGUGAUUCGUUCCUUUGUCUAGUCCUCACAAGCCCCUUGAUAUGCCCGUCGAAGAAAUGAGCACCUUAGGAGCUUGUUGAUAACAGAAGACGUUUCUCUAGUCCUAUUUUUCAAGAACAAUCCUUAUCCUUCCUAUUUUUCAGGAAUAAAACGACCUCGUCCUUGACUUGUUGUUAUUCUCCUGAAGAGCGGCUGCGAAAAAUUUAUGCCAGAAUCUCUUAAAAACAUGUUCGCUCAUCGGUCGAUAAGCGGGGCUUCGCUCCAAGACCGAAGGCACAUCGAGGAGUCGGUCCUCUCUGAGAUGCUGAAGGGCUACGAAGGUGAAAACGAGUCGGCAUCUCCGUCAUUAUGAUUUUUUUCUUGUGGUGGUAGUUUAUGUAAAUUUUGAUUUUGUUUUUCUCAAGGGCUAGGGCGAAAUGAUUUGAUAAUCCGUUGCUAUACACGAUCAUACAUAUGAAAUAACUUGGCCAACGUCGCUUGCGAACUUCUCUGUUGCAAGGAGCUACUUAGUCAUUUUUGCAAAAGACAUUGCCUUAUUUUUAUUAAAAACUCAUAAGCCUUUAGCUUUUGCCUUUCCCUUUUUGACUGGCUCCGGUAUUUUUGGUAUAGCCUGAAUUUGAUCAUAAGAGAAAACAAGAAGAGAACCCUUAUGAUCAAAUUCAGGUUACCAAACACCAGAACCAUACACUUUUCCUUCGUCCGACCAUCGUCUAACCUCCUCUCUGCGAAAGAACCAUCACCAGCUCUAUCUGGAAUCGCUGUCCACGAUGUCGGUGAAUAGCAAGAAGAGGAAACGAAACCGAAGAAGGCCACCAGGUGUCAGCGCGUUCGCACGCGACCGAGAAGAGAGAUUCCAGGAAAAGAGCAGACAUGUAGAUGAAGAAUUGGACAUUCUAGAUCUCUCAGCUGUCAAUUGUGCUAGCGCAAAACAUCGAUAUCCAGCAAGUAUACCACCACUAGCUGCCAAGAUAACGAGGAAGCGGACAAUGGGGACGGCGGUAAGUUGAAUAUCUAAGUAUUUAUUUUUAUUCGCUUUUUGUUCCAUGAUCUAGAGGAACAAUUAUGAGAACAAGAUUAUAAUUUUUUCGCUAGUGGUGCUUCCACCUAGGGAAAUACCACUACAUUCGAUGCUGGUAACUGUAACAAUGUGGUAAGCUUCUAGUUCCACCUCCACGGCAUCACAUGAUUGCCCUUCCUCGUCUGUUCCCUCAACAUGCUCAUCAAUCCCUCUUGUUCCCCAUCAAACCAUCCAGGGCCACAUUCCUCCUCCGGGCACUUAUUCGCUUCCUGACUUGUGGACGGAGCCAAAAGCGAAGAAGUUUACCAGUAGGUUUGACCGACAAGUGAAUAUGAUGGCUCAGCAAGUGGAGGCAUCAGCGGAAAGAGCGGGUGAGUGGUAUGCAAUAUAUCCCAGUGAUGGUCGGUUUAGAUUGCCCUUGUCGGAUGCAGAAAAAGCCGCUUUGGCUAGGAUUCGAAAGAUGCUGAAAGAAAAGAAAGCGAAACUGGAGGAAGAGGUACUACAACAGAUUUUUGGGCGGGGGUCAUCCCUUUUUUCUACGCACUUUCUGUAUCUUCUGAGACUUCAUCUUUUGUUGUUGAUCUUGUUCAUCUUGAUUAUGACUUUAUACUCCUUUACAUAGCAAAUCUCAUCAAUGUCAAUCAAAACACUCCCGAUCACCAUCACCAUCACUACCAGGGCCUUUCCCCAUCGAAGCAGCGUUAUCGUAAUCAGCAUCGUCGUGCCAUUGUCUUAGACGGUACGAACGACGCCCUCGAAGGUGGCCGCGAUAAUCUGCUCAUUCACGCUCUGAUCCGAAGUGAGAACGCAGACCGGUUUGCCUCAAAGGAAGGACCCGUCUUGUUCGAGAAACCGGUAGAGGCUGAAAGCGAAAUGGAACCAGAUCCUGAAUUUGAGAAGAUGUUUGCAGCGAAGACCAAGCCGGAUCCGAUACACAUCACUGUGGCGAUGGAUGGAGGGGAAGUGAAGGAUUUGAUGUAGGCGCAGGGGGAAGUCUCCUUAAGAACUUCCAUUAGCUAUAAGGCAAUUCGAGACAGUGUUGUUUGUCUUUGUUCACAACUCUUGUUCGACAUGAAAUCAUCGACAAGACCGCUGUUGUUUGACUUGACAUUACCAAACCUUUUUAUCAGGUUUUUUCGAUACAAGAUCAGCGAUACGAUUAGUACACUGAAGAAAUCAAACAAUCGUCAAUCUCCAAAAACACGAUGAUGAAUCUUUACUAGUAGAACUUUUUUUCGAAAGGCAGCGGCAGGAAGAACGCGAAGGAACAAAACGGAUUCCACUUACAAUAGUUCAAACGAACCCACCUUUUUUUCUUUCGAAUCUAUCAUUGAUCAAGCUGAUCGUGAUAGUGAAACUCCUGCAGUCCUUUUUACAAAUACAAGAAAGACAAGAACUCUAUCGUGAGAAAAAUUCUGGUUAU